AUGUCCUUGAUUAACUCUUCUGGUGACAUAAAUGUUACUACUUUAUCGCUUUGUAUUUUACUGUUUGUCUGUAACCUGAUGGAGAAGGCUCCAGCGAUGGUAAACGCUGCUGUGAUUUAUUUGAAGCCUCGAUUGGCCACAUUUUGGCACUAUACCAAGGUGGAGCUGGUUCCUCCAACCCCUGCUGAGAUCCCUACAGUUGUUCAGAGGCUGAAAAAAAAUAGUAGUGCUCAAACUGGUCGCUUCAAACAGCUCAGAGUUAAGGAAGCUCUGCUGAAUAGUUUGGUGGCCACUGAGGUAUGGAUGUGGUUUUAUAUCAGCAAGAUCAUAGGCAAGCGUGGGAUCAUCUGCUAUGAUGUUUGA